UACCCGUUCGCUUAACGUAAAUCAAUAAUGAAUGAUAGACUGUCUAGCUAGUUUUGUCGAAGUACAGGUUUGUUGUUCUUCUGCCAUGGUAGACCAUUGUUUUCUGUUAUGCCGAAGGGGCGGAAAGUUUGCUAACUUUAACAUUUUUCUUUAUUUUCUGGAUUUGUUAUCCGGUAGAAUUAACAUUACCGAUAGCACACCGCUAAAUUGUGAAAUGACUCCUCAGGCUUACUUGACUGUCUUCCUAGAAAUCGUUGUGUGUGCUUUGUACGAUCAUGUCAUUAAUUUAUGAGUGUGCUUUUGUUACUGUAUUCACUUGUUAGCGAGCUAAUUCAAGCAGAACGUAAACCGGCAGCAGGCACAGGAUCGGUUGGUAUUAUGGCAUCCGGAAAGACCUGUCCAGAUUGUGGCUCAUCCAAUUUGGUGGACGACUCCUUAUACUCGCAGUGUCAGCUGGUGUGCGCAGACUGCGGGUCUGUGGUGUCUGAGGGCUUGCUUACCACAACUCGAAGUGAGGAAAUCCAGGGCACAGAUGUCAGAUACAGUGAAACCACAGUUGUAGUUAAACAGCCGUGCCGUAAUCAAAUUCAAGGUCUGAAGCGGGUGCGUGCGCUGUGCCGGAUCCUGCGGUUCCCCCGGGUCAUAGAGGAGACGGCGGAGAGCCUGUUCCAGCGGGCCUACGAGCACCCCGCUUUCCUCAAGGUGUCCCUCCAGAAGAAGGAGGUUCUCGGGGGCAGCUGCGUUCUGCUGAGCAGCCGACAGCACAACUGGCCCGUUGCCAUGGGGACCAUCUACUCGCUGCUGGAGGCCAGUGAGCACGCCAUGGGCAUGGUGUACAAUGAGCUGGUGAAGAUCCUGAACGUGGAGGCCCCUUCCCACAGCAUCAUGGACCUGCUGCAGAGCCACUGCCACCAGUACAAGCUGAGCCCCGCGGAUGUGCCGGAGGUGUUCAGCGAGAGCGCGGCUCGGCUGGUGGAGCGCUCGGCUCAGCUGCUGGAGCUGGCGGCCGACACCUGGCUGGUGACGGGGCGGCACCCCGUGCACGUGCUGGCGGGCGUGGUCUACCUGGCCUGGCUCUCCCUGAAGCCCUGCAAGGCGCGGCUGGGCGUGCAGCUGGCCCGCUUCUGCAGGCUGGCCAAGGUGGGCCUGCCCGGCCGGGCGGCGCUGCGGGUGGGUGAGCUGAAGGAGGUCCUGUGCCAACUGGGCCGGGAGCUGCCCUGGCUGAGGGGCACACCCGUGGAGCCGCGCACCGUCGCCACGGUGACCGCCGACAUCCUCGCACACCGCGUCCUGCUGAUGAGGAAGGCCAUGCGGAGCUUCGAGCGCGAGCUGCAGCCAGACCCCGCCCCCGAGGGUCAAGCCUGCCCAGACCCCGCCCCCGAGGGUCAAGCCUGCCCAGACCCCGCCCCCGAGGGUCAAGCCUGCCCAGACCCCGCCCCCGAGGGUCAAGCCUGCCCAGACCCCGCCCCCGAGCGCCAAGCCUGCCCAGACCCCGCCCCCGAGGGUCAAGCCUGCCCAGACCCCGCCCCCGAGCGCCAAGCCUGCCCAGACCCCGCCCCCGAGCGCCAAGCCUGCCCAGACCCCGCCCCCGAGCGCCAAGCCUGCCCAGACCCCGCCCCCGAGCGCCAAGCCUGCCCAGACCCCGCCCCCGAGCGCCAAGCCUGCCCAGACCCCGCCCCUGGGGAGAACGUCCCCAUUCCUGAUAGCAACUGGGCGAAAAGACACCUGUUUGUGCCCCCCUGUACCAGGAAACCCCGCAAAAAGAGGAGGGUGGAAGAGGUGGGCCCAGUGGUGACGGGGUACGAGGAGAUUUCGGACAGCGAGAUCGAGGGGUACCUGCGGACGCCGCAGGAAAUGGAGGAGUUUGCCGAGUUGCAGAGGAGACUGAUGUCUGCUGAUAAGUGACUCACGUGCGUCUCCUGGGAGAUGUCACACGCCCCGUUCAUACAGGUCAUGAUGCUCACCUGAGGGACAAUGACGGCAGGACUGUCCGGUUCCUGGCUUUUUCUUCAACUCUCUAGACCAGUGGUGAAAGCCCUGUUCCUGGGGAUCUAGCGUCCUGUAGGCUUUCACUCCAACCCUAACAAAGCACACCUCAUUCACAGCUAGUGAUCUUUGCAGAAACGGCCUGCAGUGUUCCAGUCUUUGACCAGUCGCGCUCUGUUCUGAAUAAGUCUGACUCAGAGACUUCUCUUCUCACUUUAAUUUGCUAACAUUUGCUGUUAAGGCACAUAAUUGUGUUCAGUUUGUUAAUUGAAGCUUGAUUUCCGACGUGUUUCUGCCUUGAAUUUCCCCCUUUACAUUAAAUUAUUGAUUUUCAGGGCAUUGCUAACUCUUGAACUAACUCGUUUUUUAUUUAUUUUUUAUUAGUGUGGUUGCCUUAGGCAAACACACUAUUAUUAUCGCACAUAUUAUUUAUUUAUUAUUCCACCCAUUUUUUGGACCGCUACUCCUCCCAGACUUUUCGCACCACAUACACGUGCCAUAUGUCAAAUUGACUGGCUUCUUUGGGAAUUGUGUGCUAUUACUUUGUGGAAAGUUUCGCUGCACGGUUUUUGAGAAAUAUGACUUUCUGGCCAAUUUUUCCCAUUGACAAUGAAUGGGGACUGUGACAUACAUAUGUGAGUUAAGAAGUUACAGCAUUGGUCGGCUUUGCACACGUGAUGCACUCUUCUCUACGUUUUUACCUGGUUCAUCUACAGGGUAUUCAGAACCCAGAUACGGUGCAUAUCUCUCUUUUGUCGUAAUUACAGAAGACACACAUUCGUAAACCUCAAAUGCUUUAUACCACAAUUUAGAUAAGACCUUGACAAAGACGUACAUGCACGGAUUGUGUUGUUCAAAUGAGGUUUCCUGGCGACUUAGCCACCAGAAAUUAUAUAGCUGAAUGCGGAAGUGAACGCGAUAAAAACGGUAUUCCAAAUGCAAAACUACAAAUGAAAACGCUGUCAGCUAGGUAUAUCGGCAAACACGUUACGUCCCCAGCCUCUGCUUGCCUGAGUAGUGCAGGUGGAGGUAAUACCCAAUUGCUUAAUUGCUUGAUUGCCUUCACCUGCCUGUGGCCCAAUAUAAGCCUUGCAGUAUGAUGCUGGGGAGAUUCUUCUUUGGGGUUUCUUUUGUGUGGUUUGUGUUUGGUAGGUUUUUGUGAAGCUCCAUUAUUUUACAUAUCAGACUGUACUAAAAAGUGCAACAACGCUGUCAACAACACGUGUGCAUCAGCUUCUGGUCCGGUCUUACUCCAGAAAAAGACGUCAUCUUGUAAUACCACAUGUUGCUUUGGGCGUUCUCGAACUUCGUAGUACAAACUGGCUUGAUCUACGCUUCAUCGAUCCAAUAGGUGACAGAAUAAGCUUUCUAACCAUGUAUAAUAUGUCAAAUUUGACUUUUGUAACACCGUUUAAUAUCCCAGCGUAUUGGAAACUUUGGUCUCAUUAGAGCUGUGUUACAUAUUCAGUCUGUUGUAGCAGGGAAAGCAACGCUUUCUCACCCCAACGCGUUUGCUAAAGUACACAACUCCACUUGCAUGUUGUUGAUGCACCCCUUGCUGCAACAGAAGCUAGUAGUACUGGCUACCAGCCGAUACUUAUUCACAGAAGCUGUAUUUAAAAUGAGUUAAAAUGCAACUAUUUUAACACAUUUCUCGCCUCAUUUUCGUUCUUGGAAAUUCGGCUCGGCUAACACGUAAUAGGCUACUCUGUCUAUGAGUUGGUCUCAGACAUAACAGAUUAGACUCUGAAUUACAGCCCAAUUAAAUGUUUUUAGUUGUGUGGUUGAAAUGAGCUGAAAUUCACGCAAAAUCAUACGUCAAUCAAAUUAAUCUCCCUAGCCCCGUCUUGCUUUUUUAAAAUGGUGCGAUCACGCAGUGUAGACGUAGGGUUUUUCCAAGACCCUCUGAACAUGCCAGCUAGCUUUAUGAUUCGCCAUCACUCGUCACCGCAUACCGCGAGUAAAACACUGAGAUCUCAAGUUUUGAUGAAAGGAUAAUUUAUCUCUGAAUUUAUGUGUCGCAAAUAAACUCCUUGCCGUGAUGUUAUAUCAUGUACACAAUACUCUGUCUCUGCUUAUACUACAGAAACUGUUCGCUCUGUUCAGCACAAAGUCGACCACACUUCACAAUGUCUGCAGGAAUUGUCUAGUUUUAUUUGUAAUGCCCAGGGAUAACUCUCUGCAGGAAUUGUCUAUCUUGCUUUUCCAGUGAGAGUAUUAUUGUAAGCCAGCCAUUUUCAGUUAUCUUCACUGUUGUACAUCCUAAAUAAAUGACCCGUUCUUCCAUG